GACGAAUUUGUACUGCAGGUGUUUUUGUUUGGUUGCAUUUUCAUUGUUGGACAUAAAACAAUGUACAUCAGCCAGCUCCAAGUUUUAAUUUGGAAUAUCUGUUCCCAAGUAUGUCCAUGCAUAAUAUAGACACGCAUUACCAUAUACAAAUGCAAGCAAGGUGUGGAAGUAUUAUGUGUUAGUCAAAUAUUAUAUAUGUUUGGGCUUAAUGCGGUCAAUUUGAAGUCUACAAAUGAUUUGUAACUAUGUUCUUGCCCCCCAACCAUCCACUCAAGAAAAAAAAUUGACGCACGUCUGAAUCUAGUUGAUGAUACCAGGUGUAGAUCGUGCAAGUCGACGACUGCAGAAGUCACAGGGUAAAUCGGGAAGGAGUGGACGUGCCUCUCUUCAGUUCGUGCACGACUCUUGCCUCCGCAGUGCACUGCUGGAUAGCGCUCAGUACAGUCAGUCUGCGCCGGGACGCUUCACGCACGCACCAGUGACCUGCCAAUGCGACGCAUCUCACUCUCAAAAGGUCUCGAACACUACACCGCAGCGAAGAGCAUGGGGAAUUCACUGCGGACUCAUUGAUAAAGAAUUGCCACUGGAAUUAAAAUGAACAAUUCGUCCUGUAUGUUCCUUUGCAGUAUCCAUUUAGUAUAGUCUAUUUGUUUAUGACACUGUAGGAAACCGAAGCAUGGCGGGUACCUUAUCAUUGGUGAUGUUGUUUGGAGUGGUUGGGGUGUUGGUGGCUUCUAAGACGGAGCGGGCGGUGCAGGUGCCCUGUGACUCAGGCCAGUACACCAAGGGUGGAGAGUGCUGCGAGGUGUGCCCACCUGGAGAGGGGGUGGUGAGGAGGUGUGGUGCCAACCAGACCGUCUGUGCCCAGUGCCUAGACAGUGAGACCUACUCAGAGACCUACAGCCACACAGACACCUGUAUCCCCUGCACCAUGUGUACAGGCCUGAUGCGCAUGCAGACGCCCUGCACCGACUCCAACAAUGCCAUCUGCGUGUGUGACUACAACUACUACCUGAAUGAGGUGUCUGGGCGCUGUGAGCCCUGCACGGUGUGCCCGGCAGGCCAGGGCGUGUUGGCACACUGCGAGCACAACCACGACACGGUGUGUGAGGACUGUAUAGACGACACCUACUCUGACCGGGACAGCUCCCUGGACCCCUGCCUGCCCUGCACCAUAUGUGAUGAGGGCAUCGAGGUGGAGCUGAGCGCCUGCACCCCCAUCAGCGACUCCCUCUGCCAUAAUCCUCUCCUCCCAUCCUACACGUCUCCCACCACUCCCCUGGACCGGUCUUCCCCCUCUUUCACAGACAUCUUCCCACCAGACAGCUCCAGCAGCCCCUCCCCAGGGGGAGAGAGCACCACGGCCCAGCCCAGCCCUCACUUCAUCAGACCAGGCUUCAACGAGAACCUCAUCCCUAUCUACUGCUCCAUCCUGGCUGCUGUGGUGGUGGGGCUGGUGGCCUACAUCGUCUUCAAAAGGUGGAACAGCUGCAAGCAGAACAAACAGCCGGCUAACAACCACCAAGCCACAGCAGCCAAUCAAACGGUGACGCCGGAGGGGGAGAAGCUGCACAGCGACAGCGGCAUCUCAGUGGACAGCCAGAGUCUGCAGGAGCAGCAGCAUACAGCCCAGGCCCAGACACAGACACACAGACAGGAACAGAUAGUGGUGAGGGUGGAUGGGGGACCUGACUCACCUCCCCCCCAGGUCUGAGGAAGAAGAGAAGCCGCUGACAGGAAGGAGGAAAAGGAGGAGAGGGGGAAGUGGGGUUGCCAUGGAAACCUUGAUGUGGGAACGGACAUACAGUAUAAGAGUACAGACUGAGUGGGCUUCUUGGAUACAACAAGGAAGUUGACGACAUUACCCUUUUCACCAAGUGUGGCCACUGGUUUCUGACUGGCCUCUUGUCCCAGUAUGGACCCUUAUUAGACAGACUGGAACAUCAGAGACUGACCCAUUAUCUCUACACAGAACUCAACUCUGCCAGUGUGUCUUUGAACACUAAACCUCUCUGCCAGUACCAACCCUAACACCAACCCUAACACCAACCCUAACACCAACCCUCUGCCUCAAGUCACUAAAGUUGCAAUAUCACUACCACCCAUAAUCCAAGAAGCAUCACUGUGUUAGAUAUCCUGGUCUCCGUCUUUUCUGUCAGCUGGUGUUGACCAAUCAUUAUGAAAAGUGUGUUAGUAUGUUAUCCCAUGAAGGAGUUUCAUCCUGUGUCCCCAUAAGUUCACCCCCAACUUCCUUUGACCAUUUGCUAAAAUUAUUAUUCAUCCACCCCCCGGUUCCCCCCUACUCACUCACAUCAUCAAAUGUUUGUGCCUCAGAGGUAGAUAAACUCUCUGUCCCCUCUCUCCCCUUGUCUGUACUCUCUCUCUCUCAGCGUGUAACUAUUUGUCCCCCUUUCCAUCCCUCCAUCUGUACCUACCCUAGUGUGUUCUCAGGGCAAGUCCUGCAGUAGUCUCUCCGUCACACCCCCAGACUGUCUUCUCAGACCUCAGCAGUAGCAGCUUGUUGUAAUCCUCCAUGUGAACCUGUCUGAUAGUAUCCCACUGUUAUCUAUUCAACACAACUCAGUGGGGGAACUGUUAUGCUGCGUUUAGAUGGUACGAGGUAGACGGCGUCUGGAUGUCAUUGUUUUCAAUGAGAGCAUGACGGUAAAUGCUGUGGAGGUCACGGUAGACGGGACAUGCCACCAGAGUUAAAAUAUUUAAACUUUUGUUGUCUGUCGUAGCGUUGUUUUCUACCGGAUGUUGAUUUGCACUGUUUGUUUACCGAAAUCACCAUAGCAACACAUACCGUCGUGCUGACUUGCUUUCUUCUUGUAUGACGGUUUCUGCGUCCCUCGUCUAAAUGCAGCAUUAGUCAUCCAUUCCAAAAUCUCCUAUCCUUUUUCUUUACCACAGACACAGACAUUCCUAAGGUGUACAGGGACUGACACAUGUGACUGACACAUGUGUGUUGUUGUUAGACUGUUGCCUCUGAUUACUGCUCUCAUAUUCUCAUUGGCUGUGGAUCAUUCCAUCAUUCUGUCACAGCAACAUGAAACACCAUCCCUCCUCUGUUUUCUGACACACUUGAGUCCUUUCCUCCAUCCAACAUGGACUCCAGGAUUAUGUUGGAAUGAUUCAUGCUUUGAAUGUAACAGAUUCUAGAUGUUUCUCUCGUGUCUGUUUGUGGCACAUCCGCCUCUCUUAGUGGUUUGAGUUACAAGGCCUCCUCAGCAGUGUAGCUCCAUUACCCCAGGAGCUGUGAUAUGCAAUAUGAGGAGCAAUUUGGGACUGUUGAACAUUGCUGACUCAUUGACCUGACGCGUAAUGUGAUGUCCGAGGACACCCCCGGACAGGGCCAAACAGGAAGGAUAUAACCCCACCCACAUUGCCAAACCAUGGAACUGGUGACAUCAUCAGAAAGAGGCUCUGCAGUAUCAGUAUUCGAGGCUGGUCCAUGGUAGCCUGACGAGAGUUGUCUAGAAAUAGUACACAGUUUAUAUACAAACACUGUAUAGUAGGCUAUACUCAAGACUCCCCUUAAUUAUCCAUUAUAUUGUACUUGCUAAUGAGUGGAGACAUGGGACACUCGUCAGAGACUUCCGUCUCACUGAAAUAAACACAAGCACUUGCACACACACACUCACGUGCAGAUAUGUGUGUGUGCUAAAGAGUGUGCGGUGGCGCUAAUGUGUCUGCUGUGGUAUGGUAUGGUAGGGGUAUGGGUGUAAACACAUGGGCCAUUAGGGAGACAUUCCUGACAGGCAGGUAUAAUUACCUCAGGGUUUCAGGUUCAUUUAGCUUCACUCAGUCAGCUGGCUCUCAUCUGAAUCCCUCUGUUCUGUACUGCACAGAGACAUACAGAACACUUUUAAAGUGGCAACAAUGUGACAGUACCAUUACUCACCUCUCAUGUGUCAGAGAGCAGUGACAUUUUACUGUAUCACAAUAGUGAUCUGAAGCACUUAUACACCCCCAACACUCUCUCAUGAUAAACUGUAUGUAUGUGUUGCCUUGGAUCACUUUUGUAUGUAUCUAUAUUGGCACGCAGCAUACUGAACACGCAGUAGGUAUUAGAUGUUAGCAAUGUAGCUACGCUUACUGUAACUGUACUGCUUUGAAGUCCAGGUUUGAUUCCCAGGGACAUGCGAUUACUCAGGGUCCCUUUGGUGUGGUUUGGUGCUUGAAUUUAGAUGUAGGUAGACAGCAAAGUAGAGAUAUUAGCAGAGAUACUUUUGUGUGUUGUGAGAGAGAGAGAGAUAAUCUGGCAUAGCAAAGAUACAGCAGGGAAGACGCUCUCAUAGUAGUGAGUUUUGAGGCUUUUGAAUAGAAAACAGACCAACACACCCACACUAUAUUCCCCCUGGGGGCCUCUUUCUGCUUGUGACAUAUCCAGUGGCUUCACACACACAGUGUUUCACACAAUAUUAUUGACAGCAGUGUGAUUCAUAUUGCUCCACAAUGGAAGUGCAGUAGGACCCCGUGGACCAACUGAUUGGCAUAAUACCACUGACUGACAGGAGGGAUUGUCAUCAACGACUAGUGAACAACUGAACCUUUCACUGUGGCUGGCGGCCCCACGGGCCCAAUCUAACACUGUGCUGUCUCACAGGUGAAUAGAGGUGUCAAUAUAGAAUCUACAGUAUGACUCAAUCUGUACUGUUCCUCCACAGCAGGGGACACUGGUAAAGUGAAGGGCGAUAAUAUAAGAAUGUAAAGCUGAAUAACGUUACAGACAUAAAUAUGCAAAACAUUCAAUGUUCUUCUAUUGUUUUUGUUAUGAAUAUUAUUCUCUUUCUUGAAAUCAGUAUUUUUUUGUAAAACGGUUUCUUGUUUUAGCACUUAUUAGAUGUAAUAGGCACACUCACAGACUGUGCUAUACAAGUGCCUGUGUACAGAGUCAGGUGUCUUUGAGUUCUGUUCAGAACACUUUCUGUUCUUCUUCUUCUUCUGUUUUUAUUCUCACUUGUUGUAUGAUCUGUGUUUUGUUUCAUGUGAGUGUUAAUGAAGGUUUCAGGAAGUAUAGGCCAUAGGUUCAAACGUACUACUAAUGUUGUUGAAAUCCAUAUAGCAUCAUCUACGUACAUGCCAUCUGCUGUGGUCCUAUUUUACCGACCACAAUAUACUCUACCUACAGUGCAAAAGUGGCAAUAUGUGAUGAGCAUGACCAGUAUGUUUUUACAUGUUCAGUUUGUCCAGAGGUUGUGGACAGACAUGCCAUGUAUGAGGAGGAUUCACUGUGAUUCUCUACGGUAAUAUCCAAGAUAUAAUAAAUCCACACAGAAAUUUCAGACCCCUCCCCCCCAAAAGCUGAAUGUUACAUGUACUUACCUAUUAGUGUAAAAUGCAUUGUGUAAAUGUGAAUUUCUUAGAGUUGUUACAAUAUAUAAAUACACGAUAAAAUUGAAAAAGCAAACAAAUUAAUUAUCUGAUAGAAUAAAACAAAUGUAAUUGCA